AUGUCAGGAAGAAUUCAAACACCUACAAAUCAAAAAUUAUUAACCAAUGUUGCUGUAGUACGUUAUAAAAAAUGUGGUAAAAGAUUUGAAAUAGCAUGUUAUAAAAAUAAAGUAUUAAAUUGGAGAAAUAAAGUUGAAAAGAAUAUUGAUGAAGUUCUUCAAACUCCAACUGUCUUUACAAAUGUUUCUAAAGGUCAGGUUGCCAAAAAAGACGAACUAGUUAAAAUAUUUGAAACAGAUGAUAUGUUAGAAAUUUGUAAAAUUAAAGGUGAUCUUCAAGUUUCAGAUAAAGAACGUGCUGCUCAAACAAAUUCAGCUUAUAAAGAAUUAGCAAAUCUUAUUUCAAAUAUGUGUGUUAAUCCAGAAACAAAUCGUCCUUACUCAGUAAAUGUUAUUGAAAAAGGACUAAAAGAUGUUCAUAUAGCAAUUAAACCUAAUAAAUCAGUGAAACAACAGGCUUUAGAAAUUAUUCCAAAAUUAAAAGAAAGUUUAAAAAUUGAUAGAGCACAAAUGAGAGUUCGUUGUGCAAUAACUGCAAAAGAGGCGAAAAAACUUCAUAAACAAAUUAAGGAUAUGUUUGGGACUGUUGAAAUGGAAGACUGGGAAGAUGGAACAGGAAAUUUAGAAAUUGUUGGAUUAAUUGAACCAGGAAUGUUUAAGACAAUUGAAAAUUUUAUUAAGAAAGAAGUUAAAGAGGGAGGAGAACUUGAACUUCUUAGUUUGAAAGUAGUUAAUGAUGGAGAUAUUGAAAUAAAAUAA